AACACACAGUCGAACUUCCAUUUUGAAGUGAACGGAAAAAAAUAAGCAAUUCGGUCUUGGCAGAGAGAAAAAAAAAAGAUUCCAAUCGAAGAAGACAUGAAAACUGUAAACGCUGAACGGAUGCAAUCGCAAAAGCUUCCUAACGUGACGUGAGAAAGUGAAAAUCGAAACGCAGAACUGUGAGCAUUUCGCCAUAAUUUUGACCUUUCUGUUUGUUGAGUUGAUUCGUUUCGAUUCAAGUUUCAUUUUUUUUAUACUGGUGACGUCGUUCGCCCUUCUGAUGACAAUAUGAUUGGCUUUUCUUGGUGUGGGGUACGCAAAGACGGGUAAAUUGAAAAAUAAAUAUAAAAGUGCUUCUUAUUGUGUGGUGCUGUUCGUGCUGGAUAAGAGAAGACGGGGUUGAAUACUAACAACGGAAAAGAUCGAAGCAUGGUAGUUCCAUAAAGUAGUGAUUGAUAUUGAGGACAGAUCAAAGUGGAAAGUGUAGCGAAGGAAUCGAGUUCGAUAAAGUAUUAUAAUUUUAAUCACCUCUUGUAUAAGUAUAUUAUGCCAAAGUGUUGGAAAAGAAAACCGACGGGCUAUGUUUGUGAUGCUGUCAGUUCGCACAACAGCCACCGUUCGUGAACGGCCAGCCGAGACGGUCAAGAAGGCAAUCAACAUAAAUCAGCUGAUCAAGAACCUAAACAACCGGAAGAACAAAAGUCAAAAGCAGAAGCAGAAAAUUGGCAAUAGCAAUAGCAACACUAGUAGCAGUAGCAGCAACACUAACAGCCUCAACAACGCGACCGCCGUUGACCGUAGCGACAAGAAGAGUAGCAACAUCCUUGGCCCCGAAGGCGACAGUCCGAGCGAUCAGAAAAACCGACAGAGAGACAAGAACAGCUACCAGAAGGCAACCGAAAAGACGACUGACAAAGCGUCGAUAACGUCCGUAGCGACAGCAACGCCGACCACGGUCAAGACGCCACAUCGAACCACGUCGAACUCGAUUCCACAGCGACUCGGUCAGAUACCGGAAGAGGACAAGAAACAGGACGACGAGGAGGAGAAUUCGGUGCAACGAAACCAACGGGAGAGUGCGAUUCAGAACCAGCCGGCAGAGCAGUAUCAAGAGCAUCAUCAAAAUCAGAUUGAACAACAACACUCAGACGAACCGCAACAACCGAAAACCAAGUUCCUGCUGCCGGAGUUGAACAACUUCAGGAAACCACCGACGGUACAGGUACCAGUGGCAACCAUACUGAACGAUCUUAGUCCUGUGCCUGCGCCAGCAAAAGUCACCAAUAAAAUCUCCAGCUCAAACCCUAUGAGUCCUAUGAACCCCGCCGGGCUACAAAGUAACUCGCCGGACGUUAAGGCCAUGCGGUACUACAGACUGUGGAUCUACACAUGCAACGCUGUGCUCUUGAUGGCGGUAAUUGUAUUCUGUGGCGUUGCGGGUAAAAUUCUGCUCUCCGACUACAAGCGUUUGCUGGUGAACGGACUCAGUCUGACGCAGCCGAGCUUUAUUUACGCGUACCUGGCGCUGCUGGUGCAAUCAGGUUUCUUACAACUGAUAGGGUGUCUUGGUGCCUUACGACUAUCGGAGAAAUUGUUAAACGCUUACUGGUUACUUUUACUCAUAUUGUUAAUAGGAGACGCCAUGUUGGGUAUAUUUUGGAUGUUCAAAUUCGACAAAGUAAUGCACGAUCUGCAGCCGAUGCUAAAAUCUCGUCUAGCCAAUGAAUAUGGAAAUUCAAUCGAAUUUACUGAACUCUGGGACCGGCUGCAGAGCGAAGGGCGAUGCUGCGGCGUCACUGGACCACAAGACUUUCCGAAUCUGGUGAAUCGAACCUACCCGGAUUCGUGCUGCGCGGCGGACAUUGCCGAGCAGAUCAGCAUAUCGCGGAGGCCGCUAGCAUCGGCGGUGGUCUACCGGGGGGAAGAUCCGGACGACAUGGCGACGACCAAUCGGAACUUCAGUGAUAUCAGCGACGUGUGGAGUCUGAUAACGGCUCCCAGCAGCAGUAGCAGUAGUAUCGUAAUAGGAGGCAACGGCAGCGGCAAUGGUGCCAUUAGUAUAAGUAACAUCGUUAGCGGCAGUUCUAGUGCCAUGAGCAGCAGCAGUAGCGGUAGUGCCAGUUCAGGAGUACGCAGCAGUAGCAGUAGGGGAGGACUUGCUGGCGACAGCGGGGGCGGUGUCAGGACGAUCAUGGCGUGUCGAGCGGUUUAUCCACAAGGCUGUACCGAUCGUAUUGUGUCCUGGCUGAGACACACGGCAGACAUUCUUUUUGUCCUGGGCUACUGCGUAAUUGCCUUUCUGAAGUUGUGUUUCCUUGGCAUUCUCCGAUACGAGAUCAAGGAGAUGAUUCAGAAAAUCAAACUUCUUCAAACUGAGAUGGCCGGAUCGAUCCUGAACGGCGUGGACUGCGAUCAGCAACAGGUACAACAGUUUACCCUGUUACAGCAGGUAACGAGCACAUCGAUCAACGGUGGCAUCCACGCCGAACCGAAGGUCGGCAACCGGGAUCGGGAGCGGACGCGGAUAGAAGCGGCCGAAAGCGAACGGGAAUCCUUGCUCAACACCCAGCAGGAGAACACACCGAAGCUGCUCAAGCACAAGCAACUGUACACCUGCAUCAACGAGCAGCAUCUCUGCGGCAGUGGGAGUGGGAGCGGUGGGAAUACUGCCAGCGGUGGUGCUGGGCCUCCGGGCUGCGAGUCCGAUACCAACUCGAACUGCGCCCUGAUAGUGGAGGAUAACAACACUUCGCUACUGUCUUCCACGGCCGGUGCGACCAAGACAAUAAACGGCAACAACAACUACGAACUGAGCGAGUUCGACAGCAAGGCACCCACGUACAGGCUCCUGAACGCCCCAACGGUAACUAGGAUCUGACUACGGUAUUAUCUCGAGCAACUGUUUGGCGAUCGCUGGCGGAAAGCGAGACCAAACGCCCGAGGAGGAGGACGUGCAACGGGGGUGGUCGGUAGCGAGGAUCUUCGGGGUCACACCUGUCAAGAGCUGCUGCAGCAACAGCAGCAGUACCAACAUCUGUCGCACCCGCUGCAGCUAAUACAGCAGGAUAGCGGCGGCAGCCGGGAAAGCCGGCGAAACAGUGCACUGCCUCGGUUGCAAAGCAUAACCGGAAGUAGUGUGCUGAGCGGCAGUGGCGGCAGUAGUGGUGGCGUGCUGGACAGUGGCGGUCAAGAUGACGUCGAGGGGGAAGGUUGUGGAAGUACGACUGCCACGGCCGGCAGCAGUACCACCAGCAGUAGUAAUGACGGGGUGGUCGGCGGUGGCAGGCAGAGUGGUUCGCGGAAGGGCAAGUCCCGGAUCACGUACGACCGGGAACAGGGCGUCCGGUACUACCGGGGAACCGCCACGGUCGAUAGCAACGAUUGUGAUUGUGAGGAUAUCUGAAGAAGAACGGUGCGGCACGCGACAUCAGCCGAUGCUUAAUGCGUUCGCGUGCACGUUCGUGAGAGAGAGACUUGAGAAAAGAACCUAAACGAAUCAACUGUGAGAAAAUCGAAGCUGUGAACGUUAAGUUUUGUGCAAAGAUUUAUGUUUCCAAGCGUACGCACGAAAUCAUCCGUAAGUAAAUAUCAUCAUCACCAAUUGAUCGGUGUCUCUCUGUGUUCCCGUACCUACAGCAUCGAUCGUCUUGCAGAAUUUUUCUCCGUAGCAAGUGUUGAUCGAUCGGCGAAAUUCAAUGACACAAACUGGCGCUGUUCUGCCUCCCCCUUCAUCCUAGUGUGUAAGUACCCGCAUGACCAGAGCCACAUAGUGAUUGUAAAAAAGAUAGAAAUUUUACCUUUAGAAAUAGAAUAACGGAAAUGGAUUCCUUCGCGUAGGUGGGAUCAUGAUACAAUGAAACACAAGUUCGAAACCUAAGAGCCAUAGAGUAAGUAAGUUUGUAUUUUUUGUUUCGAUUUUGAGGCUACGUAAUGGUGAUUCAUUCGAAAAUCGUUUUGUUUUUAUAUAAUGAAUAAUUAAGUAGAGACUAAUGAGUAAAAUGGAAAAUGUUUCCAAAAUAGUGAUCGAAUAGUAUUGCUACUUCGCUUAAGUAUGUGAGUGUAUCGAUGACGGUUUCUGCCGAUGUGAUCUCGAAACAGCCUGUGACUUCAUUCGAACAAAUAAGAAUUACAAAAAAAUAUCAACAUCAAAUCGUUAACUACUAAAAUAAAAUUUCCUAAAUUUACUGGCGUUAUAACAACACCAUUUCUAGAUUACAGAAGAAGUGCAUUCAAUUUUUAAUUGUUGUAAGAGAACAUCCGCUGGAAGGAGCUUGGAAAUAUUAUUAUUAUCUUUAUUACCGAGAUUUUCAGCCCCUGGCUGCUUCAUCUCGUAUCCGAAUUAUUUUUUUCCAUUUCAUUACUUUCAUUAAAAGAUUUGUUUUAUCAGUGCUGAUGUGAAUUUCUAAGAAUGAUUGCUGCUAGUAAUUUUCUGUAAGCAUUCACGGUACUUUUCAAGGCACAAAUAGACUACGAAGCUAAUUUCACCUCCAAUUCCUAGAGCGAAAAUUGAUUGCCAUCUGACAAAAUAUGUGUGAACUGUCAUGCCAGUUGUUCAGUUCCUCGACAAUAUAAUUUCAUGAGGAACUGCCAGUAAAAUAAACAGAAAAAUCCCAUGAGGAGCUAUCAGAUCGUGUGCGACGAAAUGAGCAUCGAAGUCGUGAACUGCCUCAAGAUGAAAAUGGUCGCUCCCUCUAGACUAGACCCACCCUCUAUUUACACUUUGAGACGAGACUAUCUACAAUGAUAAAACAAAGGAAAUUCGUCUGCUGUCACGAGCUGUCAGAUGCAGUCAGUAGAAUUUCCAAUGAAAAAAUUGAUAUCCUUCGUAAAAAAAAUGCUACAAAAUAGACAAACAUCCCUAAUCCAAGUACGAAUAAAUCAUUUCAACAUGAGAAUACAUUUUUGUGCUGAGUCUUUUCGCGGCUGAAAUAUUCGGUUCCCAAACGAAACGACAACGGAAAAAAAGAAGAACAAGAUUUGAAACAGACCAACAGUCUCGGCUCAGCCAACACUCAUACAAUAAAAAGUGUGUCUUGUAGUUUCACCUCAUCUGAUAUUCUAAUCGUUGCACCUUACGUGCUAUAGUUAGUAGAAGAAUAUAGUGAGCGGAGAAUAAUCCUUUGUCGCUUAAAUAACUGCAAACAUGUCUCCAAACGAGCAUGACGUUACGAUUCAAUGAAAAUAUUAAGGAAGUAAGUUAGUUUGUAUUUUGCAUA